UUGGUGUGAGAAACCAUCAGCCGAUCGAGCAGCCAUGGCAAAGCUUGCCGUUCCAAUGGCCUUGCUCGCGUUCCUGGGGUCCGUGGCUUGCCAAGGCUACAUCGGUUACCCUCCGAGCGCAAGCCCGCCUGCUACUCCUCCUAGCCUAAGCCCGCUGAGCCCGAACACGGUCACUCAUCCUCCAAGCCCAAGCUCGAGUCCAUCAAUGUAUCCUCCCGGCCAAAGCCCAUUGAGCUCAAGUACACCUAGUUAUACUCCAAACCAAAGCCCACCCACUAGCCCUCCGACUAGCCCGAGCCCAAUCGCUUAUCCACCAAGCCAAAUUCCAUCGGGCUCAAGCCCACCAACCAAUCCUCCCAACCCAAUCCCACCCAUUUAUCCUCCUAGUCCAAGUUCAUUGGGCUUAGCUUCACCUACUUAUCCUCCCAACCCAAUCCCACCUACUUAUCCUACUGCAAGUCCGUCAAGCUUGAUCCUACCUACUUAUCCUCCUAGCGCAAGUUCACCUUCACUGACUUAUCCUCCAAGUGCAAACCCACCUGCAUAUCCUUCACCACGCCAAAGUCCAUUGAGCUCAAGCCCACCUGCUAAUCCUCCCAAUCCAAGUCCACCCAUUUAUCCUCCUAGUCCAAGUCCAUUAACCUUAGCUUCACCUACUUAUCCUCCUACCCUAAUCUCACCUGCUUAUCCUCCUAGUGCAAGUCCACUAAGUUUGAUCCCACCUACCCAUCCUCCUAGUGCAAGUUCAUCAAUGCCAACCCCACAAGCUUAUCCUCCUAUUACAAGCCCGAGCCCGAGCCCGAGCCCGAGCCCAUCCACCUAUCCUCCAAGCACAAGCCCUAGCUCGCAUUCACCGACUUAUCCUCCAAAUGCAAACCCACCCGCAUAUCCUUCACCACGCCAAAGUCCAUUGAGCUCAAGCCCACCUACUAAUGCUCGCAAUCCAAGCCCAUCUAUUUAUCCUCCUAGUCCAAGUCCAUUAAGCUCAGCUUCACCUACUUAUCCUCCUAACUCAACCCCACCUGCUUAUCCUCCUAGUGCAACCCCGCCGAGCUUGAUCCCACCUACUUAUCCUCCUAGUGCAAGUUCAUCGAUGCCAACUCCACCAGUUUAUCCUCCUAUUGCAAGCCCGAGCCCGAGCCCAUCCACCUAUCCUCUAAGCACAGGCCCUAGCUCGCCUCCACUGACUUAUCCUCCGAGUGCAAACCCACCUACAUAUCCUUCACCACGCCAAAGUCCAUUGAGCUCAAGCCCACCUGCUAAUCCUCCCAAUCCAAGCCCACCCAUUUAUCCUCCUAGUCUAAGUCCAUUAAGCUCAGCUUCACCUACUUAUCCUCCUAACCCAAUCCCACCUACUUAUCCUCCCAAUCCAAGCCCACCCAUUUAUCCUCCUAGUCUAAGUCCAUUAAGCUCAGCUUCACCUACUUAUCCUCCUAACCCAAUCCCACCUACUUAUCCCCCUAGCAGCUUGAUCUCACCUACUUAUCCUCCUAACACAAGUCCCUCGAUGCCAACCCCACCAGCUUAUCCUCCUAUCGCAAGCCCAGGCUCGAGCCCAUCCACCUAUCCUCCAAGCAUAAGCCCUAGCUUGCCUUCACCGACUUAUCCUCCGAGUACAAACCCACAUGCAUAUUCUUCACCAAGUCCAAGCCCAUCGAUUUCAAGUCCACCCACUUAUCCUAGUCCUAGCCCCAGCCCAAGUCCAUUUUUUUCUAUCUCAAACCCACCCACUUAUCCUCCUAGCCUAAGCCCAAGUUAUGUUCCCUCGGUGCCACGUGUCGGCUACUACGACUAUUCGUGCCCUAAUGCAGAAGACAUUGUGAGGGAGGCCGUGAAGAAUGCCGCAGACAAGGACCGUGGCACGGGCGCAGGGCUCAUUCGUUUGUUCUUCCACGAUUGCUUCGUUCAGGGAUGCGAUGCUUCCGUCCUCCUGAACACGACCGGCUCCACCAACCCGACGGAGAGGGCCAGCUUGCCCAACCUAAGCCUGCGCGGCUUCGAGGUGAUCGACGCAGCUAAGGCGGCGCUCGAGGCAGCGUGCCCCGGCGUCGUCUCGUGCGCGGACAUCGUCGCCUUCGCCGGCCGCGACGCCACCUUCUUCCUCAGUGACAACGCGGUCGAUUUCGACAUGCCGGCCGGCCGCUACGACGGGCGUGUGUCCCUGGACAGCGAGGCCCUCGCCAACCUGCCCCCGCCGUUCGGCAGCCUCCAGCAGCUCAAGGACAUGUUCGCCGCCAAGGGGCUUGACACCGACGACAUGGUGACACUUUCCGGCGCGCACACCGUCGGCCGCUCCCAAUGCUCGUCCUUCUCCGACCGCCUCCCACCCAGCCACACCACGGACAUGAACUCCACGCUGGCCACUCCGCUGAGCCAGCAGUGCAGAAGCAGCGGCAAUCCCACGGUGAUGCAGGACUUCAUGACCCCCGACGACCUGGACAGCCAGUACUACAGGAACGUGCUCAACCACGAGGUGCUCUUCGCGUCGGACGCUGCGCUGCUGGCGUCGAACCAGACGGCGGCAAUGGUGUUCGCCAACGCCUUCACGCCGGGGCUGUGGGAGACCAAGUUCAAAGCGGCGAUGGUGAAGAUGGGCCGCGUCGGAAUCAAGACCAGCGCCGACGGCGAGAUCAGAAAAACAUGCUGGAGAGUCAACAACCUUAGCUAGUCUGGUGGUUGGUCACGUAAUCAUGCACUGCCACAUGACAUGAUAGAUAUCAUGAACUGAUCCAUGCAUGCCACGUUAUAGUGUCUGCAUGUGUUUAAAAUAUAUACAUAUAUACAUAGUGUAUACAAUUAUUGGUUUUUAGAAUACAACAGCAUAUAUGUUCAUUCUUACAACACAUACAUGUAUAUUAUAAUGAAAUAUACUCAAUUUUA